AUGGCCUUGCGCUAUGGCCCUCUUUAUUCUUCCUUCGCUGAACAUGAUUUGCCUGGAACGUGGCCCAAGUGGCACCUCACCAGCAGCGGGGUUGGCCACCACUAUAUCCCACCCGGGGUCUUCCCGCCGAUGACCGUACAGUCCACGGUGGUGGCGAACCUGCCCAUCGCCGGGAAGGAGCACCCGCGCAUCAUGGCUUUCGAUGAGGUCCUCAGCAGGUGGGAGACCACCUCCAGCGCGGCGUACCAGCUCAAAGCCCGCGUCGGGCCCCACGAGCAGCCCCGGGCCACGGAGCCUGCGCACCCCUCGCGGACGUUGGGGAUCAAGGAUUUAGAGGAGAAGCUCAGGCGCCGCGGCUGGCGCCGGCCUCUGACCACCAAAUACCACAGCAGCGAGACCAAGGCCCAGUUCCUGAGCUGGCCCUCCCUGGACAACUACGACCCCCUCUUCGUGAGCCCCCCGGGCCUGGAGCUGCCGGGCCGCCAGAAGGGACUUCCCGAGCCACGACUUCCCUGGACAAAGAAGGCGGAGCUGACUGGCCCGCCCUUAAUAGUACUGGAACCUGGCAGCCUUGACCGCCGUCAGCUGUAUCUGACUACUUCUGCCAAGGAUUUCCACAACUACUCAAAGAAGGAGCAGUCCAAAUAUUCCAUUAAAGGCUCGCCGACCAACUCAGCGAAGACUCUGGGCUGGGGCCACAGCCAGGAGUGCUUGCCGGGAUCAGCGGUCCAUGUGGACUGUACAAUCCCCCCGUCGUCUUCGGUGCCCUACCGGGAGCUCAGGUCGCUGACUCAGGAAACCUACGAGCUCCCGCUGCACCCACUGGUCUCACUUGACCGCUUCUGCCCGGUGGAGACUCCCUGGGCCCUGCACCGGAAGCCCCUGCCCAGCAUCUACAGCGUGCCGAAAGCCUACCGCACAGAGAACUCCCGCUACGGGAGCUCCAGGGCGGAGCUAGUCGGAAUCUGCCGGCGGCCCCGCCCCCGGGAGGCCGCUGCCCAACUCUCGGGCGGGACUCCCGCCGCGACACGCCCACCGUGCGGGCGGGACACCCGAUAG